AUGCUUAAAGGAUUCACCACCUCGCAUCAACACACACACUCGUCCGCGUUCAACCUUUCGACUCAGACUGGUACACGAUUGGGUAUCGCCACUCAUGACGCAGACGACGUUGUCCUGGUAAAUGGCGAGCCGGUCGUCUCCUCAGGAAAGGAUGUAUCGCGCUAUCUGAUAGACCUACGCGAUGAUGGAGAUCCAGCUUUAACUUUCCGGUCACUUUUUAUCGGAACCGUGUUUGCUGGUCUCGGCGCUGCACUUAGUCAGAUAUAUAUGCUGAAGCCAGUACAAGUUACCGUGUCUAUGGUCUUUCUCCUUUUGCUCAUUUACAGUGUCGGGUUGGCUUGGGCUAAAUUCUUACCUGGGAGGUCUACAGUUGAACAUACUCGACUGGCAUGGCUGGGUUCCACCAUUGAAUUCAUAAAUCCGGGUGAAUUCCAACUGAAAGAACAUGUCAUCUCUGCAUUGGUGGCUUCAACGGCAUCAUAUGGAAGUACGGCCGUCCAAAACUUUGCUGUGCAGCGGUUGUAUUAUAAUACCAAUGUUGGGGCAACCACGGCUGUUCUUGCGACUUUUUCCACGGCAUGCUUCGGAUAUGGACUGGUCGGCUUACUACGCCCUUUGACCGUUUAUCCGAGUGAAAUGGUGUACUGGAGUAAUCUCCCAACAGUCUCUAUAUUUCAAGCUUUGCAUUUUGAUUCCGCUGCUAAUAACAAGCGGGUCAAGCUUUUUUGGUCAGCAUUUAUCGGAAUGUUCCUUUACGAGCCCAUACCAUCCUAUAUUUUCCCUUAUCUAAAUGGUUUUAACAUCUUCUGCCUUGCCUCCCAAAAGGCCUCGGCGAAGACCCAAAACCUCUUCACGAAUCUUUUCGGUGGCGCGGAGGCUAACGAAGGUUUGGGCCUCCUGAGUCUAUCGUUUGACUGGCAAUAUAUUACGUCUACAUUCAUGAGUUUGCCCAUCACUCAACAAGCGAACUCGUGGAUUGGCUAUGCCCUCUGCUAUAUCAUCUUCAUGGUGAUCUAUUACACUAAUACGUGGAAUUCGCUGGCUUUCCCAAUGAUAUCGACAUCGAUAUUCUCCUCAAACGGCUCUAUCUAUGAUCAGUCAGCUGUAUUUGGAUCAACCUUCCAACUCAAUCAAACUGCACUGGACGAAAUCGGCUUACCAGCGUUAACAGGUUCUAACGCCUGGGCCAACCUAACUGCUAAUCUUUCGAUCGGUGGUCUGAUUGCCCACUGUAUAUUUUUCUGGGGCCCUUACGUGAAGGAAUCCUUUCAGCAGUCUCGGAACAAAACUCAACCUGAUCCUCACUGGAAGGCUAUGCAGAAAUACGAUGAAUGCCCUUGGUGGUGGUAUCUAAUUUUACUGGGCCUUGCAUUUUUUGCUGGCUUGAUCGUUGUCUUGAAAGGGCAGACUACGUUACCUUGGUGGUCCUUCUUAGUGGCUCUGAUUCUGGGAGCUUUUCCAUUUUCCACACUACUUUUUGCUCGCAUGGGAAACGGUGUCGCUACUCAACAACUGAUGAAGAUGAUUGCAGGACUUAUAAACCCUGGAAGACCUGUGGCAAACCUUUAUUUCUCCAUGUGGAGCCACGAUAUUGUUGGGCAAUCCAUCGAGCUGGCUGGCGACCUAAAAAUGGGGCAGUACCUGAAAGUACCUCCCCGUGCGAUGUUCUUGACUCAAGUCUGGGGCACCAUUGUUGUUGUGAUGGUUUCAAUCGUCGAUGCCCAGCGCGAAAUUCUCAUCAAUCCUGUGGGAAAUGAUGUAUGGAGCGGCCAAUAUAUUCAGACUCUUAAUAGCGGUGCUGUCACAUGGUCUCUUGCGAAGGAUUUGUACGGACAAAACGGCCCUUAUUUCGUUAUCCCUUUGAGUUUACUCAUCGGGGUGGUGCCUACGUUUAUUCAAUGGCUCAUCUCCAAGCGAUGGCCUAUGAUUGGACCAGUGAAGGUGGAUUCAGUCAUAUUGCCCAUAAUUUAUAUGUAUUCAUCCUGGAUGUCGUCCGGGGUCAGCUCAAUAAUCUUAUCAUCUGUCAUCGUGGGACUAGUCUCACAAAUAUGGCUUCGAAAACAUCACCCGGGUUGGUUCAGAAAAUACAAUUAUAUCCUCGGUGGUGCGCUCGAUGGUGGCGCCCAAGUCAUGAUUUUCAUUUUGUCGUUUGCUGUAUUCGGGGCUGCCGGGAAGGUUAACCCUUUCCCUACCUGGGCAGGUAAUCCUGGAACUGGAAAUGUGGACUAUUGUAAUGGUAACGGCGCUUUGGACUGAGGAAUAAAUACAUACAAAUGAAACGGUUACAUGGGACUCAGUUGAUAUAUACACGGCUGUAUCCAUGUUUGUACAGUACUUGUAACACUAUCCAUACACUAGAUAACGAAAUUGUAAACUUGAA